UCAAGCUCAACACAGACUUCCCUCUUUCCAGCAAUUGCUCUGGGCUCUCUCUUAGAUUCUCACAAGCAACCCAAAACCAUGGCUGAUGCUAUCGUUUCUGUCGUGCUGGAGAGAUUGGCAGUAAUUAUAGAGGAAAAGGUUCGAGAGGAGGUGAGUUUGGUGAGAGGAGUGAAAGAAGAAGUUCUCUAUCUCUCGCAUCAGUUGAAUGCAAUGAAGAAUGUGUUGGAAGAUGCAGAGAGGAAAGCUUACAAAUACAAAACAGUCCAAGAUUGGCUGAGAAGAUUCGAGGAGACGUCUUAUGAGAUAGACGACGUGCUGGAUGAAUGGAAAUUUGCUGCUCUCAAGCUUCGCAUUCGAGGAUCUGAGGGUAUUCAAUCGCGUGGGAUGAUGAAAGUAACUACUUUUAACCCAUCCUCUUGUUUGUGCUUCAAGAAAGUCGCAACACGUCGAGAUAUUGCCAAGAAGAUAAAGGAAUUGAAAAAAGUGAUGGAUUUGAUUAUGAAGGAGAAAAAUGAUUAUGAUAUCACAGUUAAUUAUCAGCCUGUUUAUACCAAAAAUUCGUUCAAACUUCAAUCUACUUCUUCAGAUAUUGAUGUAUCGGAAGUACAUGGUCGAGGGAAUGAUAAAGAUGUUCUUGUGAGAAAACUCAUGCUUGAAGUUGGGGGGCAACAAGAAGUAGUAGGUCCCCAUGUUAUUUGUAUAGUUGGGAUAGGCGGAAUCGGGAAGACUACUCUUGCCCGUGUUUAUAAUGAUGAGCGUCUAAUAAACUGUUUCGACUUAAAACUUUGGGUUUUUGUUUCUGAUGUUACUGAUCCGGUCAGGAAUAUUGCUAAAGCAAUUAUUGAGAAUGUGAUGGGGAGUUCACCAAAUGUAGAUGAUUUUCAGGCGCUCCUAAAUCGUUUAAAGGAGUCUAUUUCAGGGAGAAAGUUUCUUCUUGCCCUAGAUGAUGUCUGGAUGGAGGACAUCACCAAAUGGGAACCAUUGAAAAACUCUCUCAACUGCGGUGGCCCUGGAAGUAAAGUUUUGGUGACGACAAGAAAAAAUGCUGUUCCAAGAAUGAUGCGUACUAAUGACAUUUAUGAUUUAGGCAAGCUGUCUGAUUUCGAUUGUUGGUUGUUAAUGAAACGUAUAGCAUCUUAUGGAAGUGAGAAGGAUUAUGAGGAAGUGGAAGAGAUAGGUCAGAAAAUAGCUCUGAAGUGCGACGGCUUGCCACUUGCGGCAAAGGUCUUGGGAAGCCUUUUGCAGUCUAAAGAUAGUCCGGAAGAGUGGGAGAGUAUAUUGAACAGUGAAAUUUGGCAAUUGGAGGAAGCAGAAGUUGAUCUUUUUCCUUGUUUGUUUUUGAGCUAUAAUGAGUUGUCCCCAGCAGUGAAGCGGUGCUUCUCAUAUUGUGCUGCCUUUCCCAAAGACUCAAAGAUUGAUGUGGAGAAGUUGAUAAGAAUGUGGAUGGCUCUAGGCUAUUUGAGUUCCAAUGGGAGCACCAGUGACUUGGAACUUAGAGGGAAGGAGUACCUCAGCAAUUUGAAAAUGCGUUCAUUAGUUCAAGACUUUGUAGAAUAUGGUGAUACAGUUUCAUGCAAAAUUCAUGAUAUAGUGCAUGAUUUUGCUCGUUUUCUCAGGAAGUCUAGAAGUUGCGACUCAGAUGGCACAAUAGAGGCAAUGGGAAAAGGUGCAUCCCGACCUUAUGAUCCAAAACUAGUUUCCCAAGCAAAGCUAUAUCGUAGCUUAUUUUGUCAAAAUGAUCUUCCCUGUGAAAUGUUUGAUUCCAUAACUUGCCCAAGGGUGUUAAGUUUAUGCGGAAGCGAGCUGCAAGAGAUCCCAAGAGGUAUAGAAAAAUUGAUUCACUUGAGGUACUUAGACCUGAGUGGUAACAAGUCGAUAGCACAAGUUCCUCAAAACUUAUGCGAGUUGUAUUACUUGCAAACUCUCUACUUGAGCCAUUGCAGUUUGAAAGAGGUCCCGAGUGAAAUUGGGAAUUUGAUUCACCUGAGACACCUGGACUUGGAAUGGAAUGUGGACAUAAAAGAGUUGCCAGAAACUGUAUGCAAUUUGCAGGAGCUACGAACCUUGAAUCUUGCACACUGUAAAAGACUUUCUGGGCUUCCAAAAGGGAUUGAAAAACUAGUAAACCUAAGAGAUCUUCCCAAUGAUGGCACUCAGCUUCUCUAUUGGAUUCCUCAAGGACUCGAGCAAUUAACUGAGCUCCGGACAUUGAGCCUGUUUCAUGCGGGCAGAGAUUGGAGCAAAAUGGGAUACUUGAAGAAGUUGGACAAACUCGGUGGAUCUCUAUGUCUGAAAAUCUGUAUUCAUGAUAGAGGAGAUGUGGAUGAGGCCCGGAACGCAGAACUCAGAAGCAAGAUACGCAUCCGGAACCUGAAAAUCUGGUUCGUUGAUGCAGAGGGAAUAGAAGAAGAGGAGUUGGUAAGAAAUGAUGCACUGGAGGCUCUAGAACCGCCUUCUAAAUUGCAGUAUUUGAUGAUUCAGAACUACAAGGGGACAAAGUUCCCAAGCUGGAUCAGCUCACCCCGUAACCAUCUGAGAGUUCUUCAAAUCCAAGAAUGCAAUGUUGUCCCAACCUUGCCUUGUUUGGGAGGGCUGCCAAAAUUGGAAGAGCUCUCAGUGGCUGGAAUGAUAGGGUUGAAUUUUGUGGGCCCGGGAUUCUUGAGAGGAGUAGUUGAUGUCAACGGUUCAAUGCCAUUGUGUGCUACCAGCUUUCCAAAGUUGAAGAAGUUGAGUUUCUGGCAUUGUCCAAAGUGGAAAGAAUGGGAGGACAUAACGGCUGAAGAAGAAGGCAAUGCCACCAUGUCAAUAAUGCCAUGUCUCAGAGAGUUGAAGAUCGAUCGUUGCGGGUUGAGAGAGCUACCACAUCGUCUGCUUGGUAAGGCAUCAUCACUCCAGCAUUUGAUAAUCAAGAAUUCGGCCGAGCUGUCGGCACUUUAUGGGGAGAAUGGUUCUUACCGGAAUUCACUGUCCAAUAUUCCACAUGUCACAGUGAGCUAUUUGGAGAAGAAGGCAAUCCAGAGAUCCUAUGAUACUCCACUUCCAAAGUUUUAUGGAUAUCUCUAGUUCUUUUCUUGUUAUGUUGGUUUGCAGUUUAUUAGACAGAGACAUGCUCAUAUUGAAUCAUUUACCAAACCUCCCAUCUGUACAUGAAUUUAAGCUCUAGAACUUGGUUGUACACUGGGUUGAGCCUAAUGCAGUUGAUGCUUACUGUGUGAAUUGAAAUUGAGGAGAUGUUUACUGGUUCAUUUGAGAUCGGGUUUGUCCAAACUUUAAUCAAUUAUAUUGUAAGUGAAAUACAACUUGGGUUUUGUUAAAGUUUGUGACUUGUUUCAUCUUUCCUGGAAUUUUGAGAGUGCUGAGUUAGCAUUUCUGGUUGUGUGUGCUUUGCUUCUUGAAAUAGUUUCUUGGUUUUUGUUGAUUUGAUUUACUGAACUUGGAGGGACGAGUGAGGUUAUGUUUGUAUAUGCUCUAUUUGU